CAAUGCAGACCAACUUUUAAAACAGUUUACACACUCUCUCUCAUCUUCUUCGACCACACACACAAACACAACAUAGAGAUUCCAUAUCCGGAAGAAACUUCCUCAUAACUCAGAUCUCUCUCUCAAGAUACACAACUGGUAAAGAGCAGUAAGCGUCAGUCACUUGCCGAAGUUUCACUCUUGGUACUAGUAAUGUUUUAAACAGGGAUUCAAGUGUCGAUCAACUUGACUUUUUCAGGAAACAGAGAUGCAUGUCUGUAGUGAAAGUCCAACACAAGAAACAGAGAGAUCUCUUAACGACAACAACCACUCUGUACACAAGACACCAAACACUCUCUCUCUCUCUCUCUCUACAAAACCAAUCACUCCUUCUCUCUACUCUAAUUCAAGAGAGGGGGAGAGAGAGAAAGCCAUGGAUGGGUACGAAGCAACUAGGAUUGUGCUCUCCAGGAUCCAAGCUUUAGACCGAGAAAACGCAUCAAAGAUCAUGGGUCUCCUCCUUCUCCAAGAUCACGGCGAGAAAGAGAUGAUAAGGCUAGCUUUCGGUCCCGAGACUCUUGUCCACUCUUUGAUAGUAAAAACCAAGAAAGAGUUAGGUAUCAUGACAAGGACUCCUUGGAUGAUGAGUCAAGAGGAGUUAAUUAGCCCUAAGAACAACAACUGUGGUGGCUCUUCUUCUUCUCUCAACCCUGCUUCUCUGCCCUUCUACGCUGGUGGAGGACGAAUAUCUUUGACCAGCGAACUCGAGUUCAUGGAUGAUGUGAACUCAAGAGCGAACCUUUUGGACUCUGUGCAUGCGAGAAGCGGUAGCUGCGUGUUGGACGACGGUUUAGGGUUUGGUGAUUCUGAUUUAGGGUUUGGAGGUGUACUACCCUGUUCUUACUUCGCUAGAGGCUUCUGCAAGAACGGAAGUGGCUGCAGAUUCGUCCACAGCGAUGGAGGAGGAGACGAGCUGGUUGGCUCUCCAAGAAGAUUCGAGCUUCUAAGGUCUAACUCUGUACCUCCGAGACUUGCUCACCACUUCAUCACUCGAUCUUCUUUCAUGAUGGGAGACGGGUUACAUAAGCUUGGAAGAUGGUGGAGGCCUGAGAGGAUUGAUCUCUCUGCUAUGUCUUGUCCAGCUUCGAGACAGAUCUAUCUGACGUUUCCUGCCGACAGUAGGUUCAGGGAGGAAGAUGUGUCUAAUUAUUUCAGUACUUUUGGACCAGUUCAAGAUGUGAGGAUACCGUAUCAGCAAAAGAGGAUGUUUGGGUUUGUAACAUUUGUGUACACUGAGACUGUCAAGAGCAUUCUUGCUAAAGGGAACCCUCACUUUGUUUGUGACUCAAGGGUUCUUGUUAAGCCUUACAAGGAGAAAGGCAAAGUCCUUGACAAAUACAGAACUAACCAAACAACGGAGAGAGAGCUGUCCCCAACAGGCCUUGAUUCUAGCCCCAGGGAUGUUACAGGAGGGAGAAGGUUUUACAACACAGGAGAAGAUGUUUGGUGGAGGAGCAAAUUUGAAGAAGAGAUUAUUGAGAUUCAGAGCAGAAGGCUAAUGAAUCUUCAGCUUCUUGACGUCAAGAAGCAUUUCCAACUCAGUUCCCCUACACACAUUCAUUCCCCAAAUCCUUUUAGCCAAACGCUUGUGUCUCCACGUCCAUUGCCGGUGAAAGCAGGAGGAGAGAUAGUGAAAGGAAGUUCCAAAGAAGGAUCUGAUGAUGACGCAGUGAACCUACCAGAGAGGCUGGAGGAUAGUUUGCCUGAUAGUCCAUUUCCGUCGCCCUUAAUUCUGUUUGCUGAGUCUGCAGACAAUAAUAACGGAUCAGAUUUGUGGUCACCUUCUUCUGAUAAUGACGAUAACUCCACUCCUUCUACACACUCUGAUUCUUCCAACUCUUUCAACUGCCAAAUGCCUAGGUUGCUGCCGAUUGAGAUGUUAUCCGGUAGGGGUGGACCGACCUGUCGUGUCGGGAUAUAAACAUGUGGGAAAGAAAAUAAACAGAGGAAGUUAAAGAAACUGAUAAUGUAGAGACUCAAAGUAACCAAAAGAUGCAGAGAUAUAAAAAAUAAAGCAGUAUAAUUGAUGUAAGAGAUAGAGAAGAGAAAGAAGGAAGAUUGUUGUACCAUUUCUCUAGUUUUUACUGUGUAAUGUGAUGGACCACACAAGAUGAUCUAAUAUGAUAUGAUAUUAAAUAUAUAGGACAAGAA